CCAAGAUAUCACCAUCCCCCAUCGCACUCCAACAAGCUCCACCCACACAAGCUUUCGAUCACCAACCGGAGUCGACACCGACACCGAUCUUUCGUUUCACUAGCCAACCAUCAUUCUUCUUCUCCUCUCCACGCAACAAUGCGCGAAAGCCUCACUACCAUGCCACCGGAGCUCCUGUUGAUGAUCAUCGAAAACCUGCCGCGGUUGGGCAAUGCGGUCAACCUAGCCUAUACCUGCCGUCGAUUCGGGUACCUGUACGAAGCGAAUAUCGGUACCAUCGGACGUAUGCUGCCCCCAAAGGACUCCGUCUUCGCCAACAACAUCGGACGGAGCUUGUGGAAGGAUGCGCUCCGGCUGCACGACCUCUGCCAUGGUGACUCCGGCAUGACUAGAGGUGAAAGAUACAGAGAGAUGUUCACCACUGCGCGAAACGUUGCAACCGCAGCUCUGCGAAUCGAGAGGGUGCUUUGUCACAAUCUUGGCCGUGUUAGCGAUAAGUGUCGCCACCGUUCAAUUCAGAAAGCGCUAUACGAUUACUUGUACGCUGUCAACAGCAGGGACAUAGAUCCGCUGUUGCAGGCUACGGUUCGCAAAUCCCGCGACGGCGACCCCGAUGUGCCUCGCAGUUACUCAUCAUUUCUUCGGAUGGUUUGGAAGGACUGGGAUGUGAGCUGGCGGAUACCCAGAAUGCCAGCCGAGGCGAGGCGAUUAGUGAAAGAGUUCGAGGAGGCACACUAUCCGGGAGGCCAGGGCCUGCUGGAACUGUAUCGAUCCGUUGAUCAGGGAAUCGAGCUCGCUUGUUAUGAACUUGCGAAGCCAGACUGGCACCCUAUAGUGUUAGCAGCCGUGCAAAGGCCAAUCAUCUUCAAAAUGACGAGGGCCGCUUGA